GCCAGAAGCUGCUCGGAGAACAGAAGCCGUGCCUUGGCUGGCUGCAGCUGCAGCGGGGUCCCGGUCUACCUAGCGGCUCCUCUGAUGCCACCGAGCUCCUUGGAGCAGCUGGGCUUGGCUCUGCCUCCGGAGGGCAGCGAGGAGACCCAGCUCCGCCAGCCUGGAUCUGCUCUCUCUCCAGGGAUCGGGGGUGGUCUCCCAGGGGUUCCCUCCCUCCCUCAUUCCCUGCUAGGCAGCCUCCCCACCGGUCUCCCUCCCUAAGGGCUGCAGCCUGAAGAAGGGGGGGGGUGUCUUUAGAGACUCCCUUUCCCUGGGGCUUUUAGUCUCCUAGCUGGGCUUGCCUCAUCGCAAAGGGGGAACCCCAUUGCACUCUCCCUCCUGCCACGGGGCCCCGAUCUACCUUCACCUGCAUAGAGCCCCAUUGCACCUCCUUUCUUCGAGGUCUUGAAUAUUCAUCUCCCCUUCCUCUGGAGCCCUAGUCUACUAGACUUGGGCCCAGGGGUCUGGAGCUCUCUUCCUCGACUGCCCAGGGCUCCCCCCAUUGCAAAGGGGGUGUCUCGCAUUGCCCCCUCGGGGUCUGGAGCCCUCUUCCUCGACUGCCAAGGGGCCCCGGGUCCCUCCUUUCUCUGGGAUCUUUAGGGUCUCCCUUCCCAUUACAGAAGGGUCCUGAAGUCUCUUCCUCUAGGCUGCCCAGGGGCCCCGAUCCCCCUUGCAAAGAGGGAGUCCCACCUGCCUCCCUGCUUUGCUCCAGGAUGUCUUCCUCCCUGUCUCCGCUUCUGCACCGCCGCCGCCGCCGCUUCCUCCUCUUCCUCCCUUCUUCCCCAUCCUCCUCUUCCUCCUCCUCUCCAUCCCUGCCCUCCUCCUCCUCCUCUUCCCUAUUGCCUCUGCUCCUGCUCUUGGCCAGUGGACCGGGCCCCUCCGCAGCCUCACCGGGAGCCAGCAGCAGCAGCAGCCAUCCGGGCAAAGGAGGAGGCGGCGGAGGCCGGGGCGGCAGAGGCGGCGGCAGCGGAGGCCCUCCUUGCCGGGAGAAGACGGUCACCGUCUCCACGCUGCCGGUGCUCCGCGAGAGCAGCCACGCCGCCUGGAGCAGCGCCCCGGGAGCCCCUUCGCCGGCUGCUGCUUCAGCAUCAGCAGCAUCAGCAUCCUCCUCCUCCUCUUCUUCUGCUCAGCUCUCUCCCGGGUUCGACUCGCGCCUGCUCCUCUUCGUCCGCAGCGAGGUCCCCGGCCGCGUCGCCGUCCAGGACGACCUGGACAACACCGAGCUCCCCUUCUUCACCCUCGAGAUGUCAGGGACAGUCUCGGACAUUUCCUUGGUGCACUGGAAGCAGCAGUGGCUGGAAAACGGCACCUUAUAUUUCCACGUUUCCAUGAGCAGUGCCGAACAGCUGUCUCGAGCCACGCCGCCGACCCUGCAGGAACCAUCUGAGAUCGUCGAGGAGCAGAUGCACAUCCUUCACAUCUCUGUCAUGGGUGGCUUGAUCGCUUUGCUGUUGCUGCUGCUGGUCUUCACGGUAGCCUUGUAUGCCCAGCGCCGUUGGUACAAACAACGCCGGAUCCCGCAGAAGAGUGCCAGCACAGAAGCCACCCACGAGAUCCAUUACAUCCCUUCGGUUCUGCUGGGCUCUCAAGGGCGGGAGAGCUUCCGAAGUUCACGCUUACAGGCCCACACCUCCGUCAUCGGCAUGCCCAUCCGCGAGACCCCCAUCUUGGACGACUACGACUACGAGGAGGAUGAAAACCCCCUGCGCCCUGAGCUCAGGUACCAGGAGGAUGACUUCAGUGCCCAAAUGACCCGACCGUUGGACAGCUUGGGCAGGACCGGGGAGAAGCCCGACUAUGAAAAGAAAGCUGCAGAAAUGACCCAAGAAACAGUGGAGUCCCUGAUGCAGAAGUUCAAGGAGAGUUUUCGGACCAAUACGCCCAUCGAGAUCGGCCAGUUGCAGCCAGCCUUACGCAGUUCCUCUGUUGGGCGACGAAAACGGAGGAACCGACCCCGAGGUGGGAUUGGGUUUGGCCGUGCCAAGGGCAAUUCUGGCUCUGAAGCGGACGAUGAGACUCAACUGACCUUCUACACUGAGCAGUACAGGAGUCGCCGGCGUAGCAAAGGUUCGCUGAAGAGCCCCGUGAACAAGACAGCCCUGACAUUAAUCGCUGUGAGUUCUUGCAUCCUGGCCAUGGUGUGUGGCACUCAGUUGUCGUGCCCAUUGACAGUGAAGGUGACGCUCCAUGUUCCCGAACACUUUAUCGCCGACGGGAGCAGUUUUGUCGUGAGUGAGGGGAGCUAUCUGGAUAUCUCCGACUGGCUAAACCCAGCCAAGCUCUCCCUCUAUUACCAAAUCAAUGCCACGUCUCCUUGGGUGAGGGAUCUCUGUGGACAGAGGACUACAGACGCGUGCGAGCAACUGUGCGACCAAGAAACUGGCGAGUGCAGUUGUCACGAAGGCUAUGCCCCUGAUCCUGUUCACCGACACUUGUGUGUACGCAACGACUGGGGACACAGCGAAGGACCUUGGCCGUAUACAACCCUUGAAAGAGGCUACGACUUGGUUACCGGAGAACAAGCCCCUGAAAAAAUACUUAGGUCCACCUACAGCCUUGGCCAGGGCCUCUGGCUUCCUGUCAGCAAGAGCUUUGUGGUGCCGCCGGUGGAGCUUUCCAUCAACCCUUUGGCCAGCUGCAAGACGGAUGUCCUUGUGACCGAAGACCCAGCCGAUGUCAGGGAAGAAGCAAUGCUGUCUACCUAUUUCGAAACCAUCAAUGACCUGCUGUCUUCCUUUGGGCCGGUCCGAGACUGCUCCCGCAACAACGGCGGAUGCACCCGCAACUUCAAGUGUGUGUCGGAUCGCAAAGUGGACUCCACCGGCUGCGUGUGCCCUGAGGAACUGAGACCCAUGAAGGAUGGCACCGGCUGCUAUGACUACUCCAAAGGGAUUGACUGCUCUGAUGGCUUCAACGGCGGUUGCGAACAGUUGUGCCUCCAGCAAAGCCUCCCUCUACCUUCAGAACCUCUGUCCAGCACCAUCCAUAUGUUCUGCGGCUGCGUGGAGGAAUACAAGCUGGCGCCCGACGGCAAAUCCUGCCUCAUGCUGUCAGAUGUCUGCGAAGGGUCCAAGUGCCUCAAGCCGGACGCAAAAUUCAACGACACCCUUUUUGGAGAGAUGUUGCAUGGCUACAACAACCGGACGCUCCACGUCAACCAAGGGCAAGUCUUCCAGAUGACGUUCAGAGAGAACAACUUCAUCAAGGACUUUCCUCAACUGGCUGAUUUGUUGAUGGUCAUCCCUUUGCCAGUCGAAGAGCAAUGUCGUGGGGUGCUCUCUGAGCCGCUACCUAACCUCCAACUGCUCACAGGCGACAUCCGGUACGACGAAGCCAUGGGCUACCCGAUGCUGCAGCACUGGAGGGUUCGGAGCAACCUGUACCGAGUCAAGCUCAGCACUAUCGCCCUCUCAGCAGGCUUUGCAAAUGUCCUGAAGAUCCUGAACAAGGACAGCAGCCGAGAAGAGCUGCUCUACUUCAUCCAACAGUACGGUUCCCACUACAUCGCUGAGGCCCUCUACGGAUCCGAAUUCAGCUGUACGAUCCGUUUCCCCAGCAAGAAAGUUCAGCAGCAACUUUGGCUCCAGUAUCAGAAAGAAACGACCGAACUCGGCACCAAGAAGGAGCUGAAGUCCAUGCCGUUCAUCACUUACCUCUCAGGCCUCCUGACGGCUCAGAUGCUCUCCGAUGACCAGCUGAUCUCAGGCGUAGAGAUCCGCUGCGAAGAAAAAGGACGGUGCCCUUCGACGUGCCACCUGUGCCGCCGUCCGGGCAAAGAGCAGCUCAGCCCGACCCCAGUGCUCUUGGAAAUCAACCGCGUGGUCCCCUUGUACACCUUGAUUCAAGACAACGAGACCCGGGAGGCUUUCAAGGGGGCCCUCAUGAGCUCAUAUUGGUGUUCGGGGAAAGGAGACGUGAUUGAGGACUGGUGCCGAUGCGACCUAAAUGCCUUUGAUGAGAAUGGGCUUCCCAGUUGCAGUCCUCUGCCUCAACCUGUGUUGCGACUCUCCCCCAACGUUGAACCUUCUAGCACCGUUGUCUCCUUGGAGUGGCAAGAUGUCCAGCCAGCCAUUGGAACAAAAGUCUCCGACUACGUCCUUCAUCAUAAGAAGGUGGAUGAAUACACGGACACUGAUCUCUACACAGGGGAAUCCUUGAGCUUUGCGGACGAUUUACUCUCUGGCCUCGGAACCACCUGCGUUGCCGCCGGAAGGAGCCACGGCGAUGCUCCGGACACCAGCCUCUACUCGGUCAUUUUCAAGUGUUUGGAGCCGGACGGAUUGUACAAAUUCACACUGUAUGCCGUGGACACGCGUGGAAGGCACUCGGAGCUGAGCACGGUCACCCUGAGGACAGCCUGCCCAUUGGUGGAUGACAGCAAAGCGGAGGAGAUAGCAGAUAAGAUUUACAACUUGUACAAUGGCUACACCAGCGGGAAGGAGCAACAGACAGCCUACAACACCCUGAUGGAGGUCUCAGCUUCCAUGCUUUUCCGUGUCCAGCACCACUACAACUCCCACUAUGAGAAGUUUGGGGACUUUGUCUGGCGUAGCGAGGAUGAACUUGGGCCCAGGAAAGCGCACCUCAUCCUGAGGCGGCUAGAGAAGGUCAGCGGCCACUGCUCCACCUUGCUCCGCAGCCCCUACAUCCAGAGUCACACCGACACCAUGCCUUACCUGUUCUGCCGUAGCGAAGAGGUCAGGCCACCCGGCAUGGUCUGGUACAGUAUCCUAAAGGACACGAAAAUCACAUGUGAGGAGAAAAUGGUCUCCAUGCUGCGCAACAUGUAUGGCGAGUCCAAGGGGCGAUGAGAGAAGUCGCCAUCUGAAGGAUGUGACAGGCCAGAUGGGGGCACAUGAGACUCUGCAGCGUCAUGGACAAGUGGCCAUCUUGCAAUUUGAGGGACAGGAGAACCAUCGAGACCGCGGAGGAUUCGAAACAACCACGGGACAGCAGCAAAUUGAGAGAUCAGCAAGUUUGGGUUUUGUUUAUUUCCUUUUUUAAAGAAAAAAAUAUUAAUUAUUAUAUUAUUAUUUAAGAAGGAAGGACGUAAGUUUGCUCAGUUUUUAAGAAAGAGACUGUCUCUCCUUUCCGACCUCUUUUCUUACUCAAUCCCUAGGCUAUGUGCCCAAAAGUCAAGAGGAAGAGGCAGAAGCAAGGAAAAUGGACAGUUGGGGACUCUAUAACAGUGGGUUCCAUCACUCCAGUCCUACUCAGAGUAGACCUACUGACCCUUGCCUGGGAGGACUAUCUCAGGUGGUGUGACUGUGGUAAGGAAGGAGCCAGAAAAAGAUCUACAACUUGUAAGAGGCACCAUCUUGGGAGAAGAUACCAAGUGGUUUAAACACCGGUUCACAAAGUGUGAGGACUUUGCUAGUAGGCAACAAAGAGAGGCUCCAAGGCACAGGUUCCUCAAAGUUUACAGAGGUGCUGCUUGUAGGGGGUCCUGGCAGGUUCUUUUGUGCAUUAAAACAUAUUUACUUCCACCUUCACUUGAUGCUUAGCAUUUCGUCUGGUUGGAGAUGACUUGAAGGCACACAACAACAAGGGUGUGUAUGUGUGUAUAUAUGUAUGUACGUAUGUGUAUACAUGCUGUGGGCACUCCACGUUCACCAAGGUUAGUGUUACAGGAGCACCAUGAAAGUAUUUCUUUUAUCUCUUUAGGAAUCUCUAGGUUCUCCAAUGCGACCCUAUGGAUCACGUUGGAGGACUUAUACACGCCUAAGGAACUUUUUAAACUAGGAAUUGCUAGUUCCUCCAGUGCUACUCUAUGGCCAACCUCUGGCAAAGUAAUGCUGGAGGAACCCAGAGAUUCCUAGAGAGAACGCAUUAAUCAAAUCUGCGGAUAAUCAAAUCCGCAAAACUCAAAGCCACAAAUAUGGAGGACCAACUGUAUAAACAAGCCACUUGAGAAAGGCAAAAAGCAUCUGAAGCUUCCUGGAAAGCGAUCAGAAUAAUUGGGAGCUUUAUUAAAAUACAAAAAAAUAGAGAAACAUGUUCA